GUGUUCAACAAGAACGACGGCUGGAACCCAUCGACGAGGCGGAGGUGGACCCAGCGGCGCGCUGCCCGCUACGCUUCCUGCUGAAGUGGAAGGUGAAGGACGGAAAGCGAGUGGCCAACGCGCGAGUGCUCUACCAGGGUUUCAAGCACCGAGACGUGGCCGAGGGCCAGCUCGACAAGGAGGCGCCCACUUUGAGCAGGCUUGGCCGACACACGGUCUUGCUUUGGGCGGCCUUGAGGAAGUGGAGGCUGUUCGCUGCGGAUGUGAAGUCCGCGUUCCUGCAGGCCGAGGACGUCAGUGCCCACGGCAUCAAGCUGUACGCGAGCCCGACGAAGGAGAUCUUCGACGGCCAGACGUUCGUGGUGGACGGGCUGAUCGGCAAGCGCGCGGGCGACUUCAUCGGCUGCGGCGAGAACGUGAGUUGCGAGGAUGACCUGUACGCCAAGCUGGACGACACCGAGUGCUUCCAGGCGCGGCUGGGCAUGCUCAACGAGAAGUUCAAGUUCGGCAAGUGGGAGUUCGGGCCGAGCCUAGUCUUCACCGGCGGCGAGGUGGAGCAGUCCCUGAGCUCCCACGCGAUCACCAUCAAGUUCGAGAAGUACCUGCACGCGGUGAAGCCCAUCACCGUGGAGACGCACCGGCGGGCAGAUCCCACCAGUGCGCUGUCGCCGAAGGGGGUUAUCAUCGCGGCGGCGACGGCAUCGUUCAGAGCCGCAUCGACUGGACAUGCGACGGUGCAAGACUUGCUGGACGCGAACAAAGAUUUACGGCUCCUGAAGGCCAACGCGGACGUGGGAUUGUACUUCGGCUUCGACAGGCCGUGGAGUGAGUUGCGCGUUGGAGGCUACUCAGAUGCGAGCUGGGCCAGCCGACCUGACGGAAGUUCCCAAGGAGGCUAUCAGAUCUUCGUCGGACCCGAGGACGAGCUCAACGCCGGCGCCCCGACGCCGUUCGUGGCCAUGGAGUGGGCCUCGAAGAAGCUGGUGCGGUUGUGCAAGAGCUCACUGUCCGCCGAGGCACAAGCCGCGGCGAUGGGAGCCGACUCGCUGAUGUGGGUGAAGGUCUUUUUGGCCCUGAGUCUGAGGCCCGACCUCGGACAUGACUCACCGUUCAUCACAGACGCGAAGUGCCUCUACGACGCCUCGCGGUCAGCUACGGCGGGGUUGGGCAUCGCAGAGAAGAGGACGGCCAUCGAGAUGAAGAUCGUGAACGAGCAGCUGGCGGAGGUCAACGCCGGGUGGAAGUGGGUGAACACCCAGCAGCAGAUGACGGACGAGCUCACCAAGCUUUCGGCGCGCCAGAUGAUGGCGGAUGCGUUACGCCGUGGAGUUCAUGCCUUGCGCUACGACCCCGACUUCGUGGCCGGCAAGAAGCUCACCAAGCGCGCGAUGGAGCAACGCGAGAAGGAGCUGGACCAGGCAGGAGAGGAGUUGCUCGACACCUUCGAGAAGGAGCCCGUGGCGAAGGCGAAGGCUAAGGCCAGGACGCGCCAUUUUGGCGCGAAUGGAGCCCGUUUGGCAGCUGCGUUGGCGGCUACGAGAGCGACAGGCUCUGGAGCUGAGGUGGUACAGUAUACGCCCAGCGGCGUCGAGCUGUUCCACCCACCGACCAACGACGGCUGGGACAACCUGCUGGUGAAGCUGGCCAUGUUCGGACUCAUGAUGGCGAUGCUCGUGGCUUUCGGCUGUGGAUUUUGGGUCGGCACCUGUUGGACACGCUGGACUACGACGGACGCUGAGCAGAAGAGCAUCAGGCCGCGUGAGCCUGAGACCGAGCCGAACCCCAGCAUGACGACGAAGCACUACGUCGAGGGGGCCGAGAUGAUGACGACAGGUGUGAACACCAAGCAGCCACGCCAGAAGAAGGUGCGCCACAUGAUGUGCCAGGCGCAAUGCCGCUACAACCAGGAUGCGCAGACGCCGAGGUUCCAGCCGCUGCCCGAGUACGCACACGGAGCUUUCAUCGGAUAG